GGCUUGUCCUGCUGGGAUUUCUCCUGGGGAAUCUAUGGGAAACUGGGUGCACCCAAAUUCACUAUUCACUUCCUGAGGAGCUGGAGAAAGGCUCUAGGAUGGGAAACAUCGCCAAGGACCUGGGGUUGGAGCCCCAGGAACUAGAGGAGCACGGAGUCGGUAUAGCCUCCAGAGGUACGACUCAACUUUUCGCUCCAAACCUUCGAAGCAGCAGCCUUAUCUUCGCAGGCAGGGUAGACUGGGAAGAACUCUGCAUGGGGGUCUUAAAGUGUCAAUUAAAUCUGGAGAUUUUGCUGGAGGAUAAAGUAAAAAUAUACAGGGUUGUGGUAGAAGUGAGAGACAUCAACAAUAAUGCCCCCUAUUUCCGGGAAGAUGAAUUAGAAAUAAAAGUGAGUGAAAACGCAGCCACUGAGUUGCAAUUCCCUCUUCCCCACACUUGGGAUCUGGAUAUCGGGAAGAACUGUCUCCAGAGCUACUGACUCAGUAGUAAUACUGACUUCUUUCUGGACGUGCAAAGCGGAGCGGAUGGUAACACGUACCCAGAAUUGGUUUUGGAGCAUGCCUUGGACCGGGAGCAGAAGGCUAUUCAUUACCUUGUUCUCAUGGCUGGGGGUGACCCAAUCCGCACAGGCACUGUGCGCAUCCGUGUGAUGGUAGUUGAUGUGAAUGACAAUGCACCAGUAUUUGCACAGUCUGAGUACCACAUGAGUGUUCCAGAGAAUGUGGUCAUAGGCACUAAGCUGCUUCGGGUAAGCACCACUGACCCUGAUGAAGGAGCCAGUGCUGAAGUGAUGUAUUCCUUCCAUUAUGUGGACAACAAGGCAGCGCACGUUUUCAAACUAGAUGCUAAUUUAGGGACAAUUUCAACAAUAGGGGAGCUGAACCACAAGGAAUCGGGGUUCUAUGAGAUGGAAGUGCAAGCUGUGGAUAAUGCAGGAUAUUCUGCACAAGCCAGAGUCUUGAUCACAGUAUUGGACAUGAAUGAUAACGCCCCUGAAGUAGUUAUCACCUCUCUCCCCAGCUCUAUUCUGGAAAACUCUCCCAGAGGGACAUUAAUUGCCCUUUUAAAUGUAAAUGAUGAAGACUCUGGGGAAAAUGGACAAGUGAUCUGUUUCAGCCCCAAGAAUCUGCCGUUUAAAUUAGAAAAGUCUUAUGGAAAUUACUACAGUAACAAUUCUAGCUAUAUCAUCACCAUGACCGCCAGUGACAGAGAAAGUCUGUCCCUGUCCACGGAAACUCACAUCUCACUGAAAGUAGCAGACACCAGUGACAACCCGCCUGCCUUCUCUGAUGCUUUCUACUCUGCCUAUAUCAUGAAGAACAACCCUAGAGGAGCCUCCAUAGUGUCUGUGACUGCCUAUGACUCCGACUAUGGAAAGAACGCCCAGGUCACUUACUCACUGGCGGAGAACACCCUUCUCAGAACACCCAUAUCCUCCUACAUCUCCAUCAACUCUGACACUGGCAUUCUAUAUGCCCUGUGUUCCUUCGACUAUGAACGAUUCCAAGACUUGCAUCUACAAGUGAUGGCCCACGACAGCGGUGACCCUCCGCUCAGCAGCAACGUAUCUCUGAGCCUGUUGGUGCUGGACCAAAACGACAACGUGCCAGAGAUUCUGUACCCCCACCCCCCGCCCCCGCCAACCGAUGGCUCAACAGAUGUGGAGCUGGCACCCCGCUCUGCAGAGCCUGGCUACCUGGUCACCAAGGUGGUGGCGGUGGACAGAGACUCUGGCCAGAACGCCUGGAGGAAAGGAGAAUCCUGA